GCAAACAAGAAACAACGGUCAAACGCUAAGCUAACGCUCCUUUCAACGGAGUUCCCAAAAUCACGGAUAAUAAGAACGUACAAGAAUAAUUAAGUUAUCUUCCAAACACAAAAAGAAAAAAAAACUAUUAAAAAUCUAUUAUUUUAACCAAAGUAUUUUGCACCUCGGAAAAAUGGUCAUGGAAAUGUCCAAAACAUAUCAGUACCGCAAGGUGAUGAAACCAUUGUUGGAGCGCAAACGUCGUGCGCGCAUCAACAAGUGCCUCGAUGAUUUGAAGGACCUAAUGGUGGAGUGUCUACAGCAAGAGGGUGAACAUGUAACGCGUCUCGAGAAGGCCGACAUACUUGAGCUAACGGUGGAGCAUAUGCGCAAGCUAAAGCAGCGCGGCAGUCUUUCGCUACAAUCACAGGCCAGCGCGCACAUCGAAUCCUUCCGCUCAGGUUACGUGCAUGCCGCCGAUCAGAUCUCACAGGUGCUGCUGCAACAGUGUCAGGCCGAUGAAUUGGGUGGUAAAAUAAUGAAAUUUCUCUCUACACGCCUCAUCGAAAUGCAACAUCACUUGCUGCGCUCCUCUGCUGUGGCGGCCGUCAGCACAGUGUCGCCACCUACCGCCAGCGCUGCCACCGCCAAUCUGUUGCCUCUACCGCUGACGCUGCAAAUGCCACUACCGUCGGCAAAUUACAAUUACAGUGAAUGCGGCGAAUCGUUGAGUUCACUAGAAUCACCAACGAGCGCCAAAUCGCCAAUGGACUACUACAGUGCUGUGAGUGAGGCGGCGCAAAGGACAUAUGCAACUGCCGCCGCGGCUGCUGCGGCGGCUGCAUGCAAAGAGCAGGACCUCAUCGAUGUGACAACUGUGGAUAGCAGUAGCUGUUCGACGCGCGAUACUGCAUCCGUGGUGUCAGUGGACUCCUGCUCUUCCGAACCAGUGUGGCGGCCAUGGUGACUAGCACGCAAUUAGUUAAGGAUUUAGUUGAGUAACAAGCACACAUACACACAAAAAUAGAAAAUUAAAAUUUAUUCGAAUUGAAUAGAAUCAACAGAAUCGACUGUCUUCCGAGGCGCACGUGCAAGGCGUGGGCGGGCGGGCGUUUAUCCACACAUAAGCGUACACGCCCUCAGCCCAAUCGCCGCAACGUGUCUGCCACACACACAAACAUAUACAGUGCACUUUUUGCUUUACUUGUUGUCUGUGAUAUACAAUUAUUAUAUGUGUUUUAGUGUUUGUAACGGUAUGUUUGUAUGCAUUUUUAGUUUUCUGCGUACUUCGCCUUAUUUAUCGUUUAGUGCGAUUAAAAAGCAAAUGCGCUUAUUUAAUUUUUUUUUUUUUAAUUUCUUGUGAGUUGCGAGCUCUUUAAUUAAAACAGUGUUGACGUAAUAUAUGUAUGUAUGUGUUUACGUAAGAAUCAAAAUGAGAUUAAUUUUUAAGAUUUUAGCAAUCAAAGGAAGUGAACUAGUAUUCCUGUAAUUGGUAUCUAGCUUUAAUGGCAAAUGCCUAGAAUUGCAGUACGACAUAAGCAACUAUAAAAUAUAAGUAAUAACUUUUAAAAUAAAUCAAACUUUAA